CCUUCUCCUCCCACUUCAUUCCACUCACACUCUCGCACCUCUAUCACUUCAAUCAUGUCCAGUGAAUACAUAAAUCCCCAUCUCCGCCACGAGCAUGAGGAGGACAAGGACUCCCUCAUCCUUAAGGCUGCCGCCAAGGGCGCAGGACUCGCCCUCAUCACUGGCGGUCUUAUCGCCAUGUCCGGUGCCCGCUACUCAAAAACCUACCAGACCCUCUCCCGACCCAUGAAGUACUUCUUGCUCGGCACCGGUACUGCUGCAACCUCGAUCCUCUUUGCAGACCACGCCCGCGUGCAACACGAAGACCGCCAGCUCCUGCGCCAUCUCGACCAUGAGGCCGCGGAAGCCAAGCGCGCCGAGAUCCGAGCCCAACGUGGACUUCUUGCGGAACUCAACUAUCAAGUGCGUGAGAACCGCAACAUGGUAGUUGGUGUUUCCUGGCUGGGCUGCAUGACCGGAUCCUUGGUCUACACCUUCUCACAAAAGGGUCUGACGACGACCCAGCGCAUCGUCACAGCUCGUAUGUAUGCUCAAGGAUUCACGAUUCUGACGAUGAUGGCGGUUGCAGCCCUUGAGUUGACGGAGCCACCGAAACCGAAACAGGAAGUCUUGACGGAUCAGUGGAAGGCGAUUCUGGCGAAGGAUCGGCAGGGUAAUUAUAUUGUCAAGGAUCCGGCAGCAAUUCCGACAUCGGCAGAAGUCCAUGGUGCGGGUACUGUUGAUGCUCACCAUGACUAUGCUAAUGCUACGGCUGCGAAAUCAUUGUCUUCAUCAUGAUAAAAAAAAGGGAGGGCAGCAGAUAUUCAAGCACAGCACGGUAGCGCUAUUUCGUUAUCAUGAUAUGACACCAUCAAAUGCGUAUUUUCGCACGAUCACGACUACGACCAUGACCACGGCUACUUUUGCAUUCGGAGUCCUUUCUUCUCGUAAUAACAAUAAAGCAAACUGCACAAAUCUCGAUAUACCGCC